AGCUGUCUUGCCAGUCACUAGUAACUCUGGUUAUAAUACCAAUAAUUGUUUAUGUAAUUACAUAGCACCUCAUGUGCAGCACAUAUCUUGUACAUGUGUGACACAUAUAACCAUUUUUGUUUAUCUGACUUUUAGGAACCAGUGCCAGUGAUUCACAUUUUCAGGCCUAUCUUCUUGAGGGCUUGAUGCGCUGGAAUGAUGACAGGAUCGAAGAUGCCAUAAAAGGAGCGUCCUCCAUCCGGACAUAUGGCAGUGCCAUGAAAGAGGCUGUGGACAAGCUUUCCCGAACUGUCUUCGGAAAGCCCUGGGAUGAGCGCUAUCGCCCUCCUGGAGCAUAUACAGGUGAAUUGCUGGGAAUGGAGUACCUUUACAGCCAGACUGGCAAAACACUUACUCCAGUGCUCCAGAACCCAGAGGAGGAAGACAGGCUGGUGGAGGAAGUUGAUGAUCAGGACCUGCAAGAUGAGGGGUUCGAGGAAGAGAUCAUGGAGGACAUCACAGUUCCAGUGCUAUAUGAGGAUGACCCUUGCCGUGAUCUUGAAAACAGCCCCUCAUCUUUGCCUCUGCAUCAGUCCCCAGCAUCGAUGGCUGAUGUGUCACUGGCUGAGCCGUCCACAUCAUCAUCUCCUGGUGGAGAACAACAGCAUCUUGCCCCUGCCCCUUCAGUACUGUCACAGUCAUCUGACACUGGAAGCAGUAUUUCCGACGAGGCUCAGGGAGCAGUCAUUGGACCCGAUGGCAUCGCUGGGUGGGACAAGGUCCAGGAUUUGGCUGGUUACCUGGUGGGUCUUCGUGAGGCUCCUUACCUUACUGACCAGCAGGUGACAGAGGCCAUCCAGCUGUGGACAGCUCUCCUAGAUUUCGAUAAGCAGCGGGUCAACUAUCAGCCUCGACAUCAGCCUCAGCUGACACAUGGGCGCUAUAAGGCACCGAAGCGGUCUGGAGUCAACCCAAGUGUGGAGAGUGUGAAACGGUGUCUGAUUGGACAUCCUGGGGGUCCAGCGCAGUGGCCCGACGCCAACCGCUUGGUUAAUACCAUUUGUAUGAAGCUGUGUGCUUUACACAAGUCGCCAACCAAGAAAGAUGGAGUUUGCACCCCCAGGUGGUCUAAAGUUCUUUCAGAUUACCACCACAUCCGAGAGUUGGUGCUUAACAAUCCCACUCUGAUGGAUGAAACAACGAUCCAGCUGUUUGAGAGAAACCAUAGGACACUCACUCAGUGGUUUCGUAAGUGGAAGAAUAGACACGGCAUGGCACGGUAGUCUUUAAUCCAGACAUGACUGUUUCAGUGGUGAUUUCACCUUCUGGUGCUUCGACAUCCAGUGCAGUCCCAGCUCCGCCUGCUCCGGCGUCUGCUGCUCCUGUGUCCCGUUACACGCAAAGGAACAGGCGCCGGCGGGCUAUGGAGAAUGAAAGUGGUGUCCAGAAGAGGAAGUAUGUGCGAGGGGUUACUUUUAACACGUGCAGCAAAUGUGGGCAGCCCAAAACGAAAGAGUUUGGCCAUAGCCGAUAUGGUAAUGCCACAUUUUGCUUGCGUGCCUCAAAUGGCAAAUCUUUAGAGGAAUGGUUGGCAGAGCAGCGCCAGCAAGAAACAUGUCAAACUCCACCACCUCAAUAAAUAACAUCUUUCCUGUAUAUAUUGUACAUAUGUGUGCGUGUGUGUGCUGUGAUCAUUUCAAUAUUUGUGUGUAUUUAUUUUAAUAAAACAUUUUACAUCUGAA